AUGGGAAAGCUUCAAAAGAAGGGAAAGGCCGGAGCCGCCGUCAAUUAUAUCACCCGUAACCAGGCUCUGAAAAAGCUUCAGGUUACUCUGGCUGAUUUUCGUCGUCUCUGUAUCUUGAAAGGAAUUUAUCCUCGGGAACCUAAAAACAAAAAGAAGGCCAACAAGGGCUCGACCGCUCCAGCGACAUUUUACUAUGCAAAGGAUAUUCAAUAUUUGAUGCAUGAACCCAUCCUGAGCAAGUUCCGUGAAUACAAGACCUUUGCCAAGAAGAUGGCCAAGGUCAUGUCCAAGGGUCAAUACAGCACUGCAAAGACCUUGGCAGAGAACAAACCCAUCUAUACGUUGGAUCAUAUCAUCAAGGAACGUUACCCCACUUUUACAGAUGCUCUCCGUGAUCUGGAUGAUGCUCUCUGCAUGGUCUUCUUAUUCGCUACCAUGCCCAAAACCGAAAAGAUCAAAGCAGAGACCAUUGAGAACUGUCAACGUCUCGCAGCAGAAUUCCAACACUAUGUACUACACACCAGGAGUUUACGUAAGGUCUUCUUGUCCAUCAAAGGAAUCUAUUAUCAAGCCGAGAUCAAAGGUCAGACCAUCAACUGGCUUGUCCCGUAUCAAUUUUCUCAGGAUGUCCCAACAGAUGUCGACUUCCGUGUCAUGUUGACAUUCUUGGAGUUUUACCAAACCCUGUGUGGAUUCGUCAACUUUAAAUUAUAUUCGGAUGUCAACCUUGUCUAUCCUCCUGCAUUGGAUCUCAAGUUGGAUGAAGGCGGUGCAGGAAUGAACGCCUUGAUUAUCGAAUCCACACAGUCGGCUGCCAACAUUGCAAAGACUUUAAAUGAAGAAAAACAACGUCUGGAAGAAUCAGAAAAACGUCUCAAGACCCUCUCCAAUAAGAUUGCACAUAUUCAAGAAUCCAACUCAUAUGAGACCACAAAUGGAAAUUCAUCAUCAAGUAAAAACAAUAACGAUAAUGAUAACGAUAACGACAACGAGGAUACCAUGGACGAAUUCCCAGCACCACUUCCUAAUCUGGACGGGUCUUCCUCCGAUACUGUCACCUUUUCCGAUAUUCAGAAAGCGUCUCAACAUUUGACUCAAUUCCAAUCUCUCUUCAGUCAAUGUUACAUCUUCCUAUCCCGUGAGGUCCCUCGCUACUCACUCGAGUUUAUUCUUCGUGCCUGUGGAGGACAUGUGGGCUGGGAUCCUGUUCUGGGGGAGGGCUCGCCUUUUAAGGAGAAUGAUGACAGAAUCACCCAUCAAAUUAGCGAUCGUCCCACACAGGGACAUCGGUUCUUGAACCGUCAUUAUGUUCAACCCCAAUGGGCUUAUGAUUCCAUCAACGCUGGUAAAAUCCUAGCAGCAGAUCCUUAUCAUGUCGGCAAGACCUUGCCUCCUCAUUUGUCACCCUUUGUGGAGGCCAAGGAAGGUGAUUACAUUCCUGAUCAGAAUCAAUUCGAAGGUCAAACCGAAGAUCUGGAGAUUGAGAGUGCUGAGGAGGAUGAAGAAGAGGAGGAUGAAGAAGAGGAGGAUGAGGAUGAAGAUGAAGACGAAGACGAAGAAGGAGAGGAGGAAGAAGAAGAGGAAGAUACCGAGGAUCUCCAUCAAAGGGAGUUGGAGGCUGAAGCUAAAGGUGUUGCCUUUACAGAGUUUGAGGCCAAGGAAAACAAGAAGAAUGCCAAGAAGACCAAGGCUGUUACUGCUGCUGCUGAUGUGGCACCCGUAACACGAUCUGCUGGCAAGAAGCGUACUGCUGCAGAGGCUGAAGAAGCCGAGGCAAAGGAGUUGGCCAAGAUCAUGAUGACCAAUAAGCAACAGAAAUUGUACAACAAGAUCCAAUAUGGCAAGAACAAGAAGGCUGCUGAGGUCGAGAAGUUGACCAAGAAGAAGGAGCAAUUGGCCAAGGAAGCCAAGGCCGCCAAUAAGAAGGCCAGGAAGUAA